AAAGGAGGCCCCAGCUCAGAGUGCAGCCAGCGGCCGCAGGGAGAGCAGGCAGGGAGGCCGGAGAUCAUGGGGGAGAGCGCGCUGGAGCCGGGGCCUGUGCCCGCAGCGCCGGCGAGGGGCCCGGUGCACGCCGUGACGGUGGUGACGCUGCUGGAGAAGCUGGCCACCAUGCUGGAGGCGCUGCGGGAGCGGCAGGGGGGCCUGGCUCGGAGGCAGGGAGGCCUGGCGGGCUCUGUGCGCCGCAUCCAGAGCGGGCUGGGGGCGCUGAGCCGCAGCCACGACACCACGAGCAACACGCUGGCACAGCUGCUGGCCAAGGCGGAGCGCGUGGGCUCGCACGCGGACGCCGCCCAGGAGCGCGCCGUGCGCCGCGCCGCCCAGGUGCAGCGGCUGGAGGCCAACCACGGGCUGCUGGUGGCGCGCGGGAAGCUCCACGUCUUGCUCUUCAAGGAGGAGGCUGAAAUCCCAGCCAGCGCCUUCCAGAAGGCGCCAGAGCCCUUAGGCCCGGCAGACCAGCCCCAGCCUGGCCCAGAGCAGCCGGAGGCCGAAGUUGAGGAGAGCUCAGACGAGGAGCCUGUGGAGUCCAGGGCCCGGCGGCUUCGGCGCAGCGGGUUGCAGAAGGUACAGAGCCUGCGAAGGGCCCUCUCUGGUCGGAAAGGCCCCGCAGCACCAACGCCCACGCCAGUCAAGCCACCUCGCCUAGGCCCUGGCCGGAGGGCUGAUGGCCAGCUAGAAGCCCGGCCUGCCCUGGAGCCCAAGUUGGAGCCAGAACCUCCACAGGACACCGAGGAAGAUCCCGGGAAAUCUGGGGCUGCUGAAGCCGCGGUGCUCCAAGUAGAGAGUGCGGCCUGAGGGCUGGUGCUGUCUGCUUCUCUUGUGCCUAUGCCUAGUCCCCAAGUAAAUCUCCCUCUCCCAAUGCAGCAUUCACGCCCAAAUAAGGAGUGAAUCCUGCACCCAUAGCCCAGCUCUGGCCUUCCCUUCCCAGUGCCUUCAGUUUAGCUUGCAUCCUCUAAAAGAGAAGCAGCUGCCCACACCUGCUUGCACUCCCCUUCAAUAAAAGUAAUGUCACCUAA